ACUAAGAGUAGGCUGAAGUCUCCUGGAAAAGGAAGUGAGAACGUUGCGAACGUAUCUAAAGCGGAGAAGGCGAGGAGGAUUUGUAUGUGGGAGGAAAGGCAAAGAGCGGAAGUGACGCCCUGUUUGCUUACGGCGGAAGUUCCCUGCCCCACCCGUAAGAAUUGAGGUUUGACUAGAAGCAAGUGAGGAUCCUGCCCCGGCUCUGGUUGUCCAGUGCUCCACCUCCGGUUGCUGCCGGCGCGAUUCUUGGAAUUCAGAUAUAAUGAAAGUCAAUCUCAGAGAAAAGGAAAAUAUGUCAACGUGUACCAUAGGCUCACUGAUAAAAUUACAUGCCAUCAUUAGUUGAAUACUUCUGUGAGGAGAGUUGAACUGUGGGAAAGAAAUUUAAGAAAACAGCUACGAUGGACCACACAUCCCCGACAUACAUGCUUGCUAACUUAACCCACCUACAUUCUGAACAACUCCUGCAGGGCCUGAAUCUUCUUCGUCAGCAUCACGAACUCUGUGACGUCAUUCUUCGAGUAGGUGCUGUUAAAAUCCAUGCUCACAAAGUGGUCCUGGCCAGUAUCAGCCCUUAUUUCAAAGCUAUGUUCACUGGAAACCUUUCUGAAAAAGAGAACAGUGAAGUUGAGUUUCAGUGCAUUGAUGAAACUGCUCUCCAGGCCAUUGUGGAGUAUGCCUACACGGGGACUGUUUUUAUUUCACAGGACACAGUGGAAUCGCUCCUUCCAGCAGCAAACCUACUCCAGAUAAAACUUGUCCUCAAAGAAUGUUGUGCAUUUCUUGAAAGCCAACUUGAUCCUGGUAAUUGUAUUGGAAUUUCUCGUUUUGCAGAGACAUAUGGUUGUCAUGACCUUUAUUUGGCAGCCACUAAAUACAUAUGCCAGAAUUUUGAAGCUGUUUGUCAGACUGAAGAGUUUUUUGAGCUUACACAUGCUGAUUUGGAUGAAAUUGUUUCCAAUGACUGUUUGAAUGUAGCCACCGAAGAGACUGUUUUUUAUGCCCUUGAGUCUUGGAUCAAGUACGAUGUACAAGAACGCCAGAAAUACUUAGCACAGCUACUUAACAGUGUGCGAUUACCACUGCUGAGUGUGAAAUUUCUCACCAGACUCUAUGAAGCAAAUCAUCUUAUUCGUGAUGAUCGCACCUGUAAACAUCUUUUGAAUGAAGCCCUAAAGUAUCACUUUAUGCCUGAACACAGACUCUCUCAUCAGACAGUCCUGGUGACACGGCCUCGCUGUGCUCCCAAAGUGCUUUGUGCAGUGGGAGGAAAAUCUGGACUGUUUGCCUGUUUGGAUAGUGUGGAGAUGUACUUUCCUCAGAAUGAUUCUUGGAUUGGUUUGGCACCGCUGCGCGUUCCUCGCUAUGAAUUUGGAAUAUGCGUUUUAGACCAAAAAGUGUAUGUUAUAGGUGGUAUUGAAACUGACGUGCGUCCUGAUUUCACUAUCAGAAAACAUGAAAGCUCAGUGGAAUGCUGGAAUCCUGAUACAAACACCUGGACUUCUCUGGAGAGAAUGAAUGAGAACCGAAGUACCCUUGGAGUAGUAGUACUUGCAGGAGAACUUUAUGCUUUAGGUGGUUAUGAUGGACAGUCUUACUUACAGUCUGUAGAGAAAUAUAUUCCCAAAAUAAGAAAGUGGGAGCCUGUGGCACCAAUGACUACAACACGAAGUUGUUUUGCCGCCGCCGUGCUGGAUGGAAUGAUCUACGCCAUUGGUGGCUAUGGUCCUGCCCACAUGAACAGUGUGGAGCGUUAUGAUCCAAGUAAGGACUCCUGGGAGAUGGUUGCAUCUAUGGCAGAUAAAAGGAUUCACUUUGGUGUGGGUGUCAUGCUGGGCUUUAUUUUUGUGGUGGGUGGACAUAAUGGGGUCUCGCAUUUGUCAAGCAUUGAAAGAUACGACCCUCAUCAAAAUCAGUGGACUGUGUGUAGACCAAUGAAAGAACCCAGAACAGGAGUUGGUGCUGCAGUCAUUGACAACUACCUUUAUGUAGUUGGUGGUCACUCAGGGUCUUCCUACCUGAACACCGUGCAGAAAUAUGACCCUAUCUCAGAUACGUGGCUGGAUUCAGCUGGCAUGAUAUACUGUCGCUGCAAUUUUGGAUUAACUGCACUUUGACAGUGUGGGCUCGUGGAAACUGAAGUGAUGAACCUGUGCCGCAUGAAAGGAUGCCCAAUUUCCUGAAACCCCAAAACUGCAUUGCUUUCUUUUUAACUUGAAGUGGCAUGAAGACUCAAGGGUUUUGUUGGGUACUUUGACAAGUAGCUUUGGUUGUUCUUGAUUACACAGUGAAUCAGUAAUCAAAAAAAAAAAAAGGGAAAGAUCUUGCCAAUUGAAUUGUGCACUUUUGCCCCCUGAUUCUGGAAUAGUUUUGUGUUCAUAAGUGUACAUGUGGAGAAAACUUUCCUGCUUUUUAUUAUUUUAGUUCUCUCCCUCCUUGAUACACACCAGGAUUUAGGUGAGUGAUGCUUAGAUGCUCGAGUGUAUUGAAUGACUGGACACAGUGCUGAUACUUCUGUUGGGUGUGAAUUCAUAUGCUUCACAUUUUACAUAAAGGGCUGCUUUUUUUGGUACUUUUAAGGGGUAUAAAUUAUAUACCAUUGUGAGUCACCUGGAUAUUCUUUCUGCUAAAAGGCUUAAGGGCUGGGAUUGUAAUAAGUUUGCAAAAAAUGCUCUUACUCUCAUGAUAUUUGGAGGCCUAUUUAAAGAAGAAGUCAGAUACUUACUGUUUCUGCCUUUUUUAUAUGGGCAGGUUAAUGCUGGAUGAAUUAAUUUACUUUUCCAUCUAAGCUAUGCUAAGCAUGGCUAGAAAGAGUUAAGUAUAUCAGUUUAAUAUUUUUGUAGUAGUACAGGAGGCUUCCCAGUGUUGAUGUAAAUAUGUGACAAAUGUUUAGUACCACCCUUAGUGCAUAUUGAUUUUUUUCAUAUAUCCUUGUAAUAAUUUCAGGUUUUUAAGACCAUUGCUUUUUCAAAGCGUUCACAUACAAAAAUGGUGCUAACUGUAGGAGCUAUUACAAGGCUGUAACGAUGUUCUUUUGGAUGUUCAGUGUGAGAUAUGCAUGACAUGUUUUGAUAGUAUUUUCGUUUUUAUUGGCUUGAUUCAUUUGUGCUUAUUAAAAACAUUAGUACUUAUACUAAUGUUAACAUCCAAAAAUUACCUAAAUGCCUGUUAUGCUUUUCAUGGUUCCUGAAUAGUGAUUUAGAGAGAUACAUUCUUUAUCUUCUUGUGCUAGAUAUUACAUGUCCUUCUUAAAAACAGAAAUGUAUGCAUUAAACACAAAGCACUAGGCAAUUAGUUAUGCAUUACUUUUUACACUUCUUAGGUAACUGAAUAUUUUAAAGUUAUUGAGGAAAACUGGAACUCAAUGUUUACUUGAGUAAUGGUUCUACAUUUGGUUCUACUUUGACUAAAGAAAUGAUCUUUUAAAGCAAAUCGUUUGCUGUAGCCAAGUGUCAGCUUAUUUAAAAGAGGUGGUUGACUCAUUUUGUUUUAGCAUGUUUUAGUAAAUGUCUAUUAGUCUUGAACACAUUACCUUGCAUUUUAUUAGGAUAUUGGUACUUUUAUUUUUGGUACUGUAGUUAUUUCCUUUACCAUGGCCUUUUUUUUUUUUUUAACCCACCCCCAUCUCUUUAUAGUCUCUGCAAAACCAGUGUAUAUUUUGUUUCCUAUGAAAAAUUCAUACUGCAUUCUUAAGUGCCAUAAUGUUCUAAACUAUUGUUAAGAAGCCAUUUGUAAUUAUAAAACGUAAGUUCAUUUGUUAGCAUAUAUGUUAUUUCUUGAAAACUAUUUAUAGCCAGGCAAUUUGCGGUUUUCCUUGUUCUUCCAUACACUGCUAGUUGUAGAUUUAAAUACCUACUGCAAAACUAUGUAAAAAUCAUCUUUAAUCAUAAGUGCUAUCAUGCUUUAUGAAUAUUUGCACAGAUUAUAAAACCUUGCAAGUGAUUUUUAGUUUCUUCUAAUUAAGAACUCAACAGGAACUACUAAUAAAAUUGAAAGGCUGAGUUUUCUGUAUUGCUUUGUUUAAAUAAUAAUGAUAUAUAGCAAUAACUUUUUAAUUGAUUUGAAUAAAUCUAUUGAAUAGAAACAAGGUGCACUAUUGUGAUUGGCCUAGACUUUACUUAAAGAAAAGCAAUUUAAAAUAGAUUCUAUCACAUACUUAAUUUUAAAUCCCCGACUCGAUUUUCUUUCUAUUUAUAUCAAUGAAAUCGUUAAGUACAUUUUAUUACUCUAUUUUUAAUCCUUUCUCCCCAGAAGGGAGUUUGAAAGACUAGAAAUUUAUUUUAAUUGUAAACAUAUCUAUACUAUACGUUUUAUUUUAACAAUGUUUUAUUCAAUGUAUCAUCCCCACUAUCAAAUUAGUAUAAAAUAAUCAUUUGCUAAAUUAGAUCAAAGACAUCUACCUAUCAUUGUUUUGGAAAAACCUGAAUUUCUCAUGUUGAAGAAGAAUAAAUAUAAAACAUUUGGGGCAAUAGUAGGAGAACAAAUUAUAAAAACCUGUGAAAGGAAGAGAAAAACCAAAUUUAGAACUAUUUCAGGUUUGCUAAUCCUAUUGUACAGUUCAUAACAAGAGGUAUUAAUGUGACCUGACAACUGAUAACUUUACGAUAGGGCCUUCUUGUACAGAUUUGUGACAAUUUACAGACAAAUUGUGAAUUUAAAGCCACAUGUUUCUUAUGUUAAAAAGGGUAAGGAUAUUUGAUUAUAAAUUCCCAGGGUUAAAGAUACUAGAAAUAAUUUUAUUUCAUCAAGCAAGGAGGAGACAGCUAUUUAAGACUGCCCAGAAAUAUUUUUGAAAAAAGUGACUGUGGAAAUAGUAAUUGUCUAAUUAAUUGGAAGAUAAUCACCUUCUAUAAUGAUUUAAUGAAGAUUUAAUGUUUGGCUGUUUAGUAUUUGUUGAAUAUAGUAAUAGAAUUUAAGUGAUUUUUAAUGUAGCCCAAAGGAUAUUUAUGUAAGUUCCAUAGGUUAAUGCUAACACUGUUUCAAUAUGAAUGAAUAUUAAAUUAUAGGAAGUGGUAUCAAGUGAUAGGAAAAUGGCAUUCAUUAGGUUUUGAAAAAUUAUUUUGAUAGCUUGACAAAUAUGGCGGGUCAGCUAUAUGUAUGAGAUACUGUGCUAUAGGGGCUAGAUAUCUAAAAAAGAUGCAUCUUUUUACUCAGAGAACCAAAUAUAGUGAAGGAGUUCUGUACCCAAAUAACUAUUAUGAUAAAGUGUGAAUCUAAUUCCUUAUCUCCAACAUCAUAAGAUGUAAUUAGAGACCCAGUUUAUGUAUAAAUAUCUGUGUCCUUUAGUAUCCAGUGUUUUAUUGAUAUGAAAAAGAAUUAUAGAAAACUUAAUAUUUAUAGAAUUCCCAAUUUCCUGGAAUUGGAUAAUAUAUUUUCUAGUAGAAACACAAAGUCAUAGAAACUUUAAAAAAGUACUUAACUAUAUUAUCAAGGCUCUGGCUGACAUUGAAGGAAAUAUAUGUACAUACAAUGCUGUGUUUUCAGUUUUGGUGUUGGAUUUCUGGUAUUGUCACCUAAGUGCUCAUUUUCAGGAAAAUAAGAUUCUACAAUAAAUAUACUGCUUAAAGUUCAAUAAACUUGUGAGAACCUCUAUAACCUCUGUAGUCAGAAAGUUAAGAAAUUCUAAGAUGUCACAUGUCAGUUAACAUCCAGUUCUAUCUUUUAACCUUUUUUCCUUUGUAAAACAGCACUUUAAAUUAGACAUGAUUUAAUUAGGUAGUUAUUCUAUGGCUGGAUAUAUAUUGGAUUUUCACUCACAGUAUAUUGAGUCAGUGUUGAAACAUAUUUGAGAAGAGUGAAGGAUACAGUAAGUUUUAAGUACUGUAGGUUUACAAGUUUUCUUACUGGUAUGAAUAUGGAGUUAAACAAAAAUCCAGUUUACAUCUCUGCAGAGAGAAAAAUUGUUAUCCAUAUGUCUUUUAUAUUACACAUAUUUAACUAGAGAUAAUUUAUUGUUAAUUUUGUCAAGUUAUCAUGUGUAAGUCCCAUUUAUUUUAAAAUACCAAGCAAAAAGUUCCAAGUUUGCCUUAAAAUACAAGUGAAAUUAAAGAACUGGAUGAUAAUGCCUAUAUUUUUGCCUUAUGAAUUGUGCUGUACCAUAAACCAGAGAUGGUUUUGAUUUUAACAGGAUUCUGAAAUUUUGUAGAUGUAGAGUACUAAUAAUAUAUGUACUCUCUUACAAAGAAUGUGAUCUAGUUGUGGAUUAUGUUAAUGUUUAAAUGUUUUUGUAUAUGUAUUUUACCUCUGACUAUGUAUCUUUUUAGCAUCAGGAUUUCAUUUUAUUUUUGUUUACAUAAGUGGCAUUUAACUUGUUGAAGGUUGUAUUCUUUUGUCUUUUAUUUUUGAAGUUAUUUGUGUGCACUAUUGUGGUAAUGCUCUGUAAUGACUAUGGUUACAUUUCAUUUAA